AUGGUCGUCGCCCUGAACUCCCGUCUACGGAGCCUGAUCCCCGCCAUCGCCGUAUUCGCCCUCAUCCUCGUACUCGUCCGCUUCCACGAGAGCAUCAUCGACUUCGACACCCUCUUCACGAGCCACAAGAGCAGCGGCGCCUCACCACCGGGAACGAAAAACGCCAAACCGAAAGCGACGCCAAUCUACAAACCCGCCCCGACAUGGACGCCGCCGCCCGUCAUCGACCCCUUCCCCCUCCUCGCCAACACGGCCUCGAACCCGCCCGCGGUCCCCUCCCAUAACGUCCCCCGCGAGAACCUCCACGCCGAGUACGGCCUCGACGCCGCGCCCCCGCUCUUCAUCGGCUUCACCCGCCAGUGGCCCAUCCUCCUGCAGUGCGUCGUGAGCUACAUCGCCGCCGGCUGGCCCCCCGCGUCCAUCCACGUCCUCGAGAACACGGGCGUCCAGGUCGCCAACGCCCGCGGCAGGCUCUCCCUCCAGAACCCCUUCUACCUCAACCACACCACCCUCGCCCGCCUCGGCGUCAACGUCGUCCGCGCCCCCGCCCUGCUCUCCUUCUCCCAGAUGCAGAACAUGUUCCUCCACACCGCCCACGAGAAGAACUGGCCCUACUACUUCUACAGCCACCAGGACGUCGUCGUCUUCUCCCUCGAGGACGGCCCCGACGACACCCACCGCCCCGGCGACCGCGAGUGGCAGUUCUACAGCGACGAGGAGCGCGAGGAGACCAUGAACCCGCCACCCGCGGGCCAGCCGGGGUACCGGACCAUCUACGAGAACUGCCUCCGCGACCUGAACACCACGCUCGAGAGGAAGGAGAAGUGGGCCUUCCGGUGGUACCAGUACGACCACCUCACGCUCGUGAACCGCGCCGCGAUGGACGCCAUCGGCGGCUGGGACUCGUUGAUCCCGUACUACGCGACCGACUGCGACAUGAACGCGCGCCUGCUCAUGGACGGCUGGACGAUGAAGCACCGCCGGGUCGGCAUCAUCAACGACAUCUCCACCCACCUCGAGGACCUGGCCGCGUUGUACCGCGUGCCCGGCGUCGAGCCGAAAUGGAGGGACCCCAACCCGCCGUCUCCCGAGGAACUCAAAAAGGAACAAGAGCUGAUCGCCGAAAAGAAGAAGAACGAAGAAGCGAAAAAAGUCGAAGAGGCGAAGAAAGCCGAGGAGAAACAAAAAGCAGACGAAGAGGAACGCAAAAAGGCCGAGGACAGACUAAAAGCCGAAGAGCAGAUGAAGGCCGCCGGCAGGGACAACGCCGCCUCGAACCCCGCCGAAGAAGAUGGAGAGGACAACCCCGGCGCGACGGAGCGCUACCGCGCCGUCGUCCGCGCCGCGCUCGACAUGACCCGCUACAAGUACCGCGAGAGCGACCACAACCGCAACUCGUGGCAGAAGAGCCAGCGCGGCGGCGAGGGCGAGCCGUACUACUACGACGCCCAGGGCUUCGCCGAGGCCUUCGAGGUCCUCGUCGCCGCCGGCCGGAGGGUCUUCGAGCUGAAAUGGGGGCGCGGCGGGUGCGACAUCGGCGAGGGGUACGGGCUCGGCGUCGCGGACCAGUGGCGCGUGUUACCCGAGAAGAAGGAUGGGUGA